AUGUUAGGGCAAAGUAGUCGCUGGGUUAGUUGGGGAAUCGAGGCCUUUGUUGAUAGUAAAGCUCAGUCAACAAUUAUAUCUAAAAGUUGUGCCGAGCGUUGCGGACUGUCGAGGCUUUUAGAUACAUGGUAUAGGGGUAUUGCUCAAGGAGUUGGUCAGUCAGAGAUAAUUGGUCGAAUACAUGUUGCUCCCAUCAAGGUUGGGAAUAAUUUUUACCUGUGUACAUUCACGGUCCUGGAUUCUCCCAACAUGGAGCUUCUUUUUGGGCUGGAUAUGCUCCGCAAGCACCAAGAGAAUGUCUUGAGAUUUGGUGGAGAAGAGGUUUCUGUGCCUUUUCUAGCAGCUCUUCCAUUGAAUUCCACUAUAACUAUUCCAUCUGCAGAAUUUAGCUGUAACGCAUCUGAAAUAGGUUUUGAUUUCUGCACUAUUAACCAGCCCAUCAUCAACAUAUUUUGCGCUUUUGAUGAGAGAGGAGGACAAGUUAUUUAUGCUGGACGUCUUGGUCUCCGAUCCCGUAAGCUUGUCGAAUAUUUCGAGGAUAUACCUCGAGUUCCCAAUAUCAAGGAGGGUUUCAAUCCAGCGACUUGGAUGUUAGACGUCAGCUACAGUGCUGCAGAAGCUCAACUUGAUGUUGAUUUUGCAGAAAUUUAUGUCAAUUCUGAUCUUUACGAGAGGAACCAAGAUUUAAUAAAGGAACUUAGCACUCUGGCGCCAGGCUUGAAGGAUCUCUACUUCCCUACACAAUAUUCCCAGCCCUUCUUGAUUAAGUUCUUCACAACAGUUACAAUCGGAAUUUUAUUUGGCAUCAUCUUUUGGCAAAAGGGAGAUCAAAUAAAUAGACAACAAGACUUGCUCAAUCUGUUGGGAGCUACUUGUGCUGCUGUUCUUCUCUUGGGAGCCACUAAUGCUUCUGCAGUUCAAUCUGUCGUAGCAAUUGAAAGGACAGUAUUCUACCGUGAAAGAGCCGCAGGGAUGUACUUAGAGUUGUCAUAUGCAUUUGCUCAGACCUUUGUUUACUCUCUACUUCUGUACUCCAUGAUUGGAUACCACUGGACUGGAGAAAAGUUCUAUUUCUACUACUUCAUAUUCAUGUGCUUCACCUACUUCUCAACGUACGCUUCUGGAACUUAUUCUCCAGUUUCCUCAUCCCCCGUCCACUUAUCCCAAUUUGUUGAAGGUGGUACUGCUGGGCUUCUCUUGUUGCCUGGACAAUCUACGGGCAAGAGGAAUUGCGGAUUCUAUGAGUCAACCUGUAUUUUAUUUGCUCACCGUUUCGUUCAAUUCUCAAUUGAUCAUUCAUCUGAAUCGUUCAAUAAUCGAUUUCACGAGGCAGAGGUUGCUGGUGGCUUGUACUAA